GGGAGACCCUCCCGCUCACGGUAUCCAGGAAGUUGUAUACCGUUGUCAACCAAACUUACAUGGCAAAAUGUGUUGUUAGCUGCAAAAUGUAGGUUUUUUGGUGAAGGACGGUGCGACUCGAAUUAUCCUUAUUUUGAAUUCAGCUAAUACUUGGGCACAGUCCUAUUUCUCUCGACAUGUCACUGAACGAAGUGAACAUUGAUUGUUUUAGUAAAACAGUGGUUCAUCUCAGUACCAUUAUCUGGUAACUUGUGGUCAGAAAUCAGCUAACGUUAUCAUAGUUAUUGCUAGCAAUCCGACAUAGGCAACGUUAGCCCCUCAUCCUAAUUUCAAGUGAGAAGGUAAUACACUUGAUGAUGAACAGUUCUCAAGAAUCCAGGUGUGCAAGUCGCCCAGGUACAAGUCGCCCAGGUACAGCUAGUAUGUUAAUAACAGAGUUUGGUGGAGCCAGUCAGAUGAAUCCUUCUCCAACAAACUAUGAAGAUGCAGAGGUGCUGGUAGAACUUAAUCUGUCUUCAGAAAAACUGAAAGCCUUGACAAAUAAAGAAGACCUUGACAAAGUCACCUCAUUGGAACUGUGUGUCGACACACAACACAGUACCCUUGGCAAUUUUGGUACCUACUUGCCCAACCUGACACAACUGAGAAUGAGCAACAGUUUGAUUUUUUCCGUGAGGGACCUCGGAACAACUCUUUCCCACCUGCAGGUCCUCUGGCUGGUCCGCUGCUGCCUGACUGACUUGGAUGGGAUCGCCUCGCUCUCCUCUCUCAAGGAGCUGUAUGUGGCCUACAACAACAUCUCAGACCUCAGUCAGGUCAGCAUGCUGGAAUGUCUGGAGGUGUUGGACCUGGAGGGCAACGACGUGGACGAUCUUGUGCAGAUCCAGUACUUGGGUCUGUGCAGCCAGCUCACAACUCUGAACCUGGAGGGGAACCCCGUCUGCGCUUGUCCUCGCCCAGAGGCCACAGAGACGGAGGAGUACAGCUACCGGUCGGCGGUGCGGGAGCUGGUCCCGCAGCUGCGCUACCUGGACGACGUCCCGGUGGAGGAGGCUGUGGCAGAGAGCCGAGCCGCGGUUGAUGAGGACUUGGCCCUGCUAAAGGAGUCCAUUAAGGAGAAUGCCUCCAGCAGCAACCUGCAGUAUUUAGAGGAGAGGGCUGCGAGCGCUUGCUCCCUCUCUAGACCCGGUUCUGCUCAGCGGCCCGGUUCGUCUCGCUGCCCCUCCAGUGGACCAGGCAGUUCCAGAGCUCUGUCCUCCCCAGGCUACAGUUCCAGGCCUGGCUCAGGUGAAUCAGACCCAGACAGUUCAGAGCCUGAUGCAAGCGAGUUAACACAUGGAGCGGGUCGUGUCCUGUUGUGUGGAAACCCUGUGCAGGCUCUCAGAGCUCUCAGACAGAAGGCCAAGCCUCAAGCCCCUGCCUUGCCCCUCACCCCCUACCGGCUGCCAAGCCAUGUUCCAGAGCACACCUAUGACACAUACGAGGACUCAGUCCAGUGGAACCGCAGUGAUGUGUACGCAGAGCUUCGGGCUUGGAGAGAAAAGCAUAACAAACGGCUACUUGCCAUUGAGAAGGAUCGCCAGCCACAAGUGAUGGCCAUACUCCACAGCGAGGAAGACGAUGAGGACAGUAAGGACGAGGACGAAGAGGCGACAGGCCACAGUCUAGCCAGUGAUCAUGAAGAAGAGGAGGAGAUGAAUACGAAGGACAGCGGAGAGAAAAGAAGCAGUAAAUGCUGGAGCAGCAUAGAUUCACCUGACUCCUCUUUCUUAUCUCUCUCUUCAGACCUGUCCGAGCGAGAGGCCAUGUCUCCUGAUGACGACUCGAGGCCCUUCCUCCCAUCAGAGUUCACCUUAACUCCGUCGCCCCCUCAGCCGCCCACGCUGCCCUCUACUGGCCGGAAGCUGCCAGUGGCACGCGCACGCAGGCUCAAAUCCAUCCAGCACCUGCCACCCAGGGGCACCAGGCCAGCUCCGCUGGGUGCAGAGUCAGGCGCAGAAGCAGGCCCAGAACCUGGGGAGGAGGAGGAGGAGGAGGAGGAGGAGGAGGUGGUGAGGAGACGCAGUCUGACCGACUGGAGCACCGGUGUGGCCUGCAGACCAGCCUCCAGUCCUGUGGUGCAGGGCCACAGAGAACCAUGCGUGGGGGCUGCUGGAGGAUAUGCUCUGGCCAACAACAGCAAACACCAUCAGCCUGUCAUAAGCUCCAAGCUAACAGACGGACCCGCCCUAGCACGACCCCGCACUGCGAGGGCUGCUCUCCAGAGACUGUCGAACCACUACCCUCUCCUGCCCCAGAGAGCCAGUACUCAGCCCAAAUGAGCCUGCCAACCUCUCAUCACUCGUAUGGUAUGUCUCCCAAAAGCAUCAUUUUGCAACGACCAUGAUUGGUAAGGGGGCAUUCAGAACGAAUGACUCUGCCAUUGUCGCAUGGCAACACUUUUGGAAAAACACACCCCCCCGAUGUUUUGUUUUUAGCAUCUUCUGCAUGGAGCUGAUCUUGUGUUUGUUGUGUCACAAGUUUGUUUUUGAGUUUUGUUUUUGUAAUCUUUUUUGUGGUGGCUGGAUGAAUGUAAUUGUACAGUAAAUAAUUUCCGAUAUUUUUUUUCAGAAGGAACAACAUGAAAUAUAUAUAUAUAUUUUUGAAGCUAAUUAUUACCUGGUCUGUAUUUCCUUGUCAUUGUUUUCAAUUCUAACUUGUGCUAGCUGUGAAAUCUAGUUUUGAUCCACAGUGGGAAGAACAAAAUUGUAGUAGCAGCUUUAUCAGAUGGUUUCUUUGUGGUCUGUGGUGUGAUGCUAAUUGCUGCAGUGAGGAGGGUGCAAGUCAUGUUGGUGCAAGACCGCAGAUGGUUUGUGAGAUUACACUAUUUACUGUUGGUUUAAGGAGACAUAUCGUCAGCUGAUUGCUACUGAGUUUUUCUUAUUACUGUGUGUGUGUAUGUACAUGUGUGCAUAUGUGUGUGUGUGUGUGUGUGUGUGUGC